UUUAGAAAGUAGAAGAAGAGGAAAACAAUCUUACUUAACCUCAAUUUAAAGUACAUGUUUUUAUUUUGUUCUAAAAAAUAUUGCUAAACAGUUAAUAAUUUAAUAAGAUGACUAUUAUGGACUCUACAAAAGCUCAGGAACUUGAAGAUGAUUUAUCAGAUGAUAAUGUAAGUGAAGAAUCAGAUCACGGAGAUUCCAAUAAUUCAGAAGACGAAGACAACGAUCUAGCCAACACUGGUUGGGCAGAUGCAAUUUCAAAAAUAUUAAAACAAAAACCAAAGGCAAAGAGCAAAAGUGUAGUACUUUCAAAGGCAAAAAAACUUACAGAUGUUAAAAAAGCAAAAAAGGAGCCUCUUAGUUUUGAGAUUGCUGGUGAAGAUGGCGCAGCUCCAGUUAAAGAAGAGGAUGAAGAACAAUCUGAAGAUGUAAAAUCAGAAGUUUUAGAGCCAGUGAGGAAGAAGAAAAAGGAAAUACCAAAACUACGGGUAAAACCGAAUAUCCUAGAAAAGGAUCGUGAACGUCUUCUACAAAAAAUAGCAACAAAAGGUGUGGUUCAGUUGUUCAAUGCAGUAAAAUCACAACAGAAAGAUAUAACGAAAAAAUUGGAAGAAGCUGGACCCCUUGAAGUAAGAAAAGAAAGAGUAUUGAAAAAUAUAGACAAAAGAGCAUUUUUGGAUGUUCUUAUGGGUGAAAAAUCACAGAAAUUGGACACAAAUAUGGAUGUAGUAGAGAAAAAGGAAGAAAAACGAUUGAGUAAAAAGAAUGCAAGCAAUGAUGUUACUUGGAGCGUUUUGAAGGAAGAUUUUAUGAUGGGGGCCAAGAUGAAAGAUUGGGAUAAGGAAUUAGAAACAGAGGAAGUUGAAGAACUAGAAUCAGAUUAAUAAUAAAGAUUAUUUUUAAUAAAA